UGUAAAACAAUGAACGUCUGUGAGUGUGGACGAUUUUGAACGCAGGCAGGCUGACAAGCGGGGAAACUUGCGCUACCUUCCUCGGCGAUGACCCCCUGACUGAAUGCGCUCAAGAGCGAAGUCAGGGAACUUUCCAUUUUCCCGUCUUCUUUUUUCUUCAAAUAAAUCUAUCUGAACGUGGCGACAAAAAGCACAGUUGCAGCUUCCUCAGAUCUGUGUUUCAAAGUCUCAAAGUAAACGGGAGCCCCGAGCCAGCGCCACGAAACGGAUUAUCGACGAUCGUUCACGGCAUCGCACAGCUGGUUUACUUUACACGAACCUCCGUUAAACCGGGUUGUCCGCAAGAACAACAGAGAAAGACAAUUCGAUUUAACUCCAUUAUCCGAAGAGCUUGUGGAACUGACCCGUAAGUGUUGAGCAACUUUAAAAGCAAUGGUGGGAAGACUGAACUUGCGGAAUGUGUGUGACGAUGAUCCGCUGGAUAUGAAUUUGAAAGCUGAUCGGCCGCUGGACAGUCCGGACUCCGGUCUACCUCCGAGCCCGAGCCCGAGCGUCUGGUUACUGCAGGGCACCGGGGCUGGAACCCCGCUUACAGAAGACGAGCACCGAGGGACAGCAGUGGUUGCUAAUAAUCGCCAGUUGCAUGCAUUGUCCUACGGAGAAGGAAUUGAACUCGAUCCUUUGCCACUAAAAGAAAUAAGAUACACGUCAUCAGUGCGUUACGAUUCAGAUCGGCACUUCAUCCAGGACGUGACCCUGCAGCCCAGGGGUUUGGGUCUGGAGAUGUGCAGCCAGACGGUGUUGGCUCUGCCUCAGAGCACCUGGAGACAUUACAAGACCCAGCUGGAGUUUCAGCCCCGUCAGCGGGUGCAGCGCUACCAGAGCACCACUAUAGUGUACCCCAAACACACCCGGACCUUCUACACCACCCAGCUCAAUUAUGACGGGCACAAGCUGACCAAGCGUUUCUUCUCUGCUGUAGAGUUGCAGGCUUCUGAUUGCCAGGCUGGCCUUUAAGAGACAGACGGGCAUCUGUGCCUGACAUUACCCCCCAGCCCACCCCCAUAUGCACCAAUUACACACCACCGCCUGCAUUCAUUGAGUCCCAAGAGGAAAAAAAGGAAACAUGGACUGAAAUUGUUGCCAGUUGGAAAGGGGAUCCCUAGACAGAUGUGCAGUUUUAGUUUGUUUUAAGCAGAGUGAGCAACUGUUGCUUUUUUUUUUUUUUUUUUUUUUUUUUUUAAAGGUUUUGGCAUAUGGAGAUUUUGUAUGGGUUUUCUCCAUAAGUUCUUAAUGGUAAUGUACAAAAAUGGUUUUUAAUAGCAUGUAGGAAUGUGGUUGAUUUUAUUUAAUAGCGAGAAGUUUCAGAUAUUCUGCGCUGGUCUUGGACCAUCAUUGGUUUGAAGGUUAGGUUUAAUGUUGAUUGCAAAGUUGGCCGAUGUAGAGAAAGACGUACUUAAGUACAUAAAUUAAGUAUUAGAAUAAAAUAUAGAGCAUAUUUGGGCAGGGUUGCAAAGGUGGAGUUUCAGUACAUAUCUUUGACGCGUUUCUAUUUAACAGAUUCAAUUUCACUGAGCUGUAGAAGAGUAAAGUUCAUAUAUUAGGGCUAAAAGUGUUUUCAGAAAAAACAGGGUAUUCUAGUGUGUCUUUGCACAAGGGUGGUGAGUGUAUCUGGGUUAAAACAUUAACUCCAUCUUAAACUAACCUUAUUUGCAUACUGUUACUACUGUAAGUCUCUAUUAGGACAUUUAUGCUGUUAACCAUAUUUUCUUUGUAAAAGCUAGCUAACUUCCACAGCUCUGCUUGGUUUUAGUAAGUUGUUCUGUGUUAUUCGUGAAGGAAAACUUAGAAGUGGGUUCACAUUAGAACUAAACUCAAUUCUGCCUGAUACUGCAGAAUGAGGUAUCUGUAGACCAGUGUUUAAGAUAAAUUAUAAUGUAAAUAACAGCAUUUCAGUUUAAAAUGUUUUUAUCAGUGGCACUUAUCCCUAUUUAUUUCUUAUUCGUGUUGUAAUUCUCCUUAAUUCUGUGCACGGUCAUUGAUCAAGUGCCGGUUUUAAAUUCUGUGGCUGUGCUGUGUAAAAUUAUUCUUUUAACUCCAAUUACUUUAAGACGGUUAUUAACUGUUGAAAUGAAAUAAAUACAGUUUAAAGUGU